AUGAUUCGGCUGGCAACGGAGCAGAUGGGGCGCAUGUCACCGGAGGACAUGCGGCAGGCAGCGGAGCAGAUGAAGCACCUCAGCCCCCACCAGAUCGCCUCCGCCAUGGGCAGCGCCGGUGCGGGCGGGGGGAUCCCAGGAGCAGCAGCAGCGGGAGGAGGGGGAGGAGGAGGGGUAGGAGGAGGACCUGCAGCAGGGGGGUUGCCGGAUGUGGCGUCAUAUAUGAGUCAGAGGCAGCAGUACGAGCUGAACGCUGCAACGAUGCUCAAGAACGAGGUUAGUGGCUCUCUAGCAGCAGGAGGAGUGGGAGGGGGAGUGGUAGGAGGAGCAGCAGGGGGGUUGCCGGACGUGGCAUCGUAUAUGAGCCAGCGGCAGCAGUACGAGCUGAACGCUGCAACGAUGCUCAAGAACGAGGGUAAUAAGCUCCAUGGGAUGGGAAAGUACUCGGAAGCUGCAGAGAAGUAUAACCGGGCACGGGACAACCUUGCUAUGCAUUCCUCCCCAGCAGCGGUGUCCCUGCGGCGCACGUGUGCAGUCAACCUCAUGUCCUGCCACCUCAAGACCAACGCCUUUGCCCAUGCUGUCGCUGUUGGCACUCAGGUGAUUUCUGAAGAUGGGUCUAGCCUCAAGGCGCUGUACAGACGAGGAUUGGCUUACAAGGAGCUCGGGCAGCUGAAAGAGGCUGUAGCAGACCUGUCCAAAGCGGCUCAGAUCUCACCGGAUGAUGAAACGCUAGCAGGCGUGCUCAGAGAAACCAAAGCAGCACUGGAUACCACGAAGAAGAAAGGUAUGCUGAUGAGGGAGAUGGUGCUCCUGCAACCUCCCCUGCUGCCUCUCCUGCUGCCCGGCCCAAACCCUGCUCCUUCUGUUCUCCUGCCGUCUUACCUCCCCGCCCGUCCUUCCCCCGCUGCUGCAGUUUCUCUGGAGGACAUAGAUGAGGGAGACGAUGCCCUUGCUGCCUCUCCUUCUGCUCGGCCCACUGAUUUGCAGCAGAACAUGCAAGAUCCCCCUUACCACACCCUGCUCCUUGCUUUGAGACGUCUCAAAACUUACCACACCCUGCUCCUUGCGUUCUCCCGCCUGUCCUUCCCCGCCCUCCCUUCUCCUGCUGCUGCAGUUUCUCUGGAGGACAUUGAUGAGGGCGACAAUGCUCCUGCUGCCUCCCAUGCUGCUCGAACUCCCUCCCCACACCCUGCUGCUUGCUUUCUCCCGCCUUCUUGCCCCCCCGCCCAUCCUUCCCCUGCCUGCUGCAGUGUCUCUGGAGGACAUACUCGCACCACUUCCCUGCCCCCCAUUUCCUUCCUUUCCCCCAGCAACAUGCAGGCGAUGAUGACGAGCAUGGAUCCAGCAGCAGUGGCAGCGCUGAGUGGCGGCGCCCUAUCCCCCGAAAUGGCCCGCACUGCAGCACAGCUCGUCGGCUCCAUGUCUCCAGAAGACCUGCAAAAGAUGAUGCGCCUUGCUUCUACUUUUAGCCAAGCCGGGGGUGGGGUUGCUGGGGGGACGGGGAGCGGGGGUGUAGGGGGAACGGGGGGAACAGGGGGCGCAGUGGGAGCAGGGGUGGCUGGGGAAAGGGGGGCAGGAAGGGCAGUGGGUUGUGUUGGUAGCAGCGGUGGCAGCAGUGGCAGCAGAGGCAGCAGCAGCAAUGAUUCCGAUCCUGUACUGACUCCUGCAACUGGGAGUGCGAGCAGCAGAAGCACGGGCAGUGCUGCUCCUGCUGCUACUUCUGCUGUUACAGAGACCACCUAUGGCAUGCCUCCAGGAUUUGGAAGAGGAGUGGAGGCAGCAGGGGGAGCAGCAGGAGGGGGGGAGUUCAGUGGAGGGGGGAUGCCGGCGCCAGGUGUCGGCGGGGGAUUGGACCCGAUGCAGCUGCAGGAGCGCCUGCUGAACGACCCUUCCACUGUGAAGCUGAUGAGCGACAUGAUGCAGCAGCUUAGCGCAGAGGACAUCGCAGCCAUGAGCUCACGCAUGGGACAGAGCAUAUCGGUGGAGCAGGCAGAGCAGGCCAAGCGCAUGAUGCAGGGGCUGGGCCCUGAGCGGCUGCCAACGGUGGUAAGUGGUGGAAAGGAGUGGGGAUCGUUCCAUGCGUGUCUGACUCUAGAUGGAUGGGAAGUGCGCAUGGCGCAGAGCAUGUGGGUGGAGUGA